UCCUACGUCAGUCUCUUUUUCGGUCGCGUUUUACUAUUCUUGCUCCCUCCCCCCCUCCCGCCCUGUGCAUCUUUCAUUGUUUUGAUUCUCUGCGACACAAGCAGCCCAAUUGCUUAGUCCAGGCCUUUCCACAUGAUUCUCUCUUUGUCAGAGUCUGUACUCUGGUCUCUCUCUCUGAUCACAGCCGAUUACUUCGGUAUCUGUCAGCCGGAUCAAAGUUGUCCGUAGCUAUUGAGCCCUAUUGCGUUCAUUUCGCACUCUAGACUGCUCAAUCCGGUUCUUUGCAUUUGUCCUAUGUCAAUUUUAAUGUUUGUAACAAUCUUUCUCUAUUUGCAUCGUGAUCUUUUACUUGAGACUUUCUGCCUUGGGUCUUCAGCCCGAUUUAGACCCUCUAUCCCUGCACACUUCACCAUCAAAACUUCGUCGCGGUUAUUGUUUAUCGUGCGCGAAAAUCCGCGUCUUGAUCCAGUCAUAAUGUGUAAAUAACGAGUUUGCAUUCGAAAACAUGUGUAGUGCUAAAAUAAUCGGUAGAGCCGAAUCGCUAACGAAUCUGUGAACCAACUACAAGGACAAGAACUUUUCUUUUAUCGUUAUUUUCUAUUCACCGUAGACGUUUGUGUUAUCAUUUGGUUCAUCAGUUGGCAUAAUCUUUCGGCACAUUCGUAACGUUGACGUAUCCGUCGACAACUCUAUCAACGGGUUUCCGUAACACUCAGCCUUACGUAACACGAACUCUGUAAGACGUCUAGUCUAGGUAGUCUAGGUCUAUUUAUCUUCAGUCAACGAUUCCGUAAAGAAAGAGCGCUGCAACUAGCCUUUGACUGGUGCUGCCACCACUCGUGGCGUCAACUGUACUACUUGCCGUGGCAUCUUGCAUUGGAUCGCGUUGCGUUGGCGAAGCAAGAAUACAAUUGUCAAACAUGACACUCUCUUGCACGUAGAAAGUUAUCCUUUGGAUUCAUCGCUUUUCUUAUAAUUCAACUGCUCGAAUUACAUGGUCGCCGCGUUUAUUACCUGUGCAACUACUUUCUACAAUACUUCGUAUAACAUUCUGACGCAGUGCAGUUUCUUGUGUCUACGUACUAUGUAACUGCCGUUUCAUUACAUCGUUCUGCUCGUGUAAAGAAAGCUGAGCCUUUGACGAUUGAUAAGUUUAUUAACGAAGAAAUCUUGAACGUUCGUCUGACAGGAUUAGAGGAAAAUUACUAAGGAAUCAUGUAAUACCAACCUGGGGUAAGUGGAGAUGUGAAAAGUAAAUGCGAACGUAUAUGGCGGUGACAGACAUUAGAGUACUUGCAUGUCCACGCAGUUGACAUGUGUCGGGCGUUGCGUGCAACAAAUUGCAACAUCAUGGCAGAAUAUGUUUCCAUUGUAAGAAUGUCCAGUUUGUCGGAGUGGCUUAGUGACGAGCACACUCGGAAAUAACGCUGUGUAUUCCUUAUUUAUUCCACCUGGCUUCCGUCUGCCCAUUUCAGAUCGAUAUCCGGCAUGAUUCUAUUUUUGAGAACAACCAUCAAUUUUCAAGCCCAGUUUUUCUGUACAGAGCGUCGAUGCGAAUGUAUUAAUGUUCGCAAUUUCAUGAGCGAUAUUCGUGUUCUCCCAUGUACAUAUAUCUCUGCAUUCAAAAUGUAUAUGCAAUUGCACGCUGGAAGUCGCUCGUCCCACUGUGGGAAAAUGAGCAUCGUGCGUCACAACCAUCCGUCCGUGUCAGUUUCUGCGGUCGUUGAAUAAAAUAUCCACAGUAUUGCAUCUCGUUUUUCGCCCAGUAGUUAGAAUCUCCUCGUAUCGAUAUAAGACGCGCGUAUCCGCUCGAGGGCAAAGUCCGAAAUUAGGAAACGUCCCGUCUUUUCGUGCCUAUCUCCUUUACACACGAUAUAUCAAAGAAACCCGUCGAGGGCAGUGUUCUUUUCAAAGGUAAUGCCUUUAAAUUAUCUUCCAUUGUAAUGUGUUUGUUUGCCAGAUAACAGCCAAGAAAAGUAGGAAACGUAAAACUAAGGAAAGGAGCGUAAGAAAGAAACGAUUAGUGGGAAAGUAGCAGUCGGACAGCCAUAUAACGUAGCGAGGAAUGAAAAAGAAAGAGAAGGGUGUAAAAAACAAAAGUAGUGAGAAGAUAGGAAGUUAGGAGGAAACGUUCAUACAAAUGGAGGCUUCUCGUCUAGUCGUCUCGUAAAAUAUCUAAGAGGGCCGUCUCUCUGGUCGUCUUAUGCUUUACUGCCAACUCUGUAGCUGCUUCGCGCGGCACGCUAAUUAAAAAAGCACGCAUGUCCCGAGACGUAAAGAUUGGUUUAUGGCGACGUGGGAACGUCGGGGGUCGUUCGUUCGGAUCUGCCUCUUCUCGGGAGUGGUAUUAUUUAAUACACAGCCGGGUUCCUGGGUAACGAGGGUGCCGUUGCCUUUCGAAGUCCUUCAUCGGGUUUCGGCCUCUGGGCUGCUACCGCCGAAGCUCCAUUUGGCAAUCCACGCGCCCCCCCACUUCGUUUCUCCAAAUUUUCCUCCCGUAGCUGCUGCUCGUUUCCUCGUCCGCGCCAUUUGCCUCUCGCUCCCUUUCCUUAACCCCCACUACUUGUUUGACCCUAACCUCUCACGGCACCUUCCAAAUUUUCUCGGAUUAAAUAAAGUUUGAUUUCCCACGGGGUAAAUCGCGGUACGUUCGUUCCUGCUCGCCAUUAGGCUCUGCCAAAAUUCUCCCUUCGAAUCGAUUGCUCUUUUACUCUCGCCAUCUUCCCACUACACCCCAUUCUCAUUCUCCGGCUAUAUACCUAGGAACGCUCUUACGCCUAGUUUCCCCUUCGGUCUCUUAGCGAUUUCCAAGCGACCCGUCAAGUAUACAUAUACUACCUGCGCCACAGGUAUAACUAUACAGCCAUCUACUUUCGCCUUCCCAUCUAUCCUUUAUACUCUAUCUUCCACGUACUAGUCGACCGCGUGUGACACGUGGCCUGUCCUGGCGUCCCAUUACCUACGGGAAGAUUUGUGUCUUCUUUCUCGGAAGUUGGAUGAACGCCGUUUCGCCUGGGAAAAGUCACGUUGUGCAUCUACGGUUGGGAAACUCUGAGUGUCUCGCUGUGUCAGGAUAGCGGCAGGAGGAAGGAGAGAGUCCUGUAGCAUCCUUCGUUUCGCUCGUUCCUGACAGUCUGACCGUAUUCCUGAGGCCACCCCCUCCGGCACCACUCGAUGCAGUGUUGUGCUUUAGUGCAGUGCCCAAACGCGUGUUCCCUGAAUGCAGAUCUUGGCCUUCACGGAUCAGCUUAACCAGCUUCGCACGUGGCCGACGGUGAUAGCUAGUGAAGAAAAAGGGUACAAACCUUAAACAACGAAUUACCCAUCGGGAUGCCCGGAGGGUGCACACCCCCUGCGAUGGAUUUGGUGUUUCUCCUAGUCCUGGCAUUACUACGUCAAGAUGUCGUCGCUCUACAGCUACUCCAUGUGAACGUUCCGCCAUAUGCCAUUAAGGGAGAUAGCGCGCCUCUGCUAUGCAGCUACGAUCUUGGGACCGGCAAACUUUACUCCGUGACCUGGUACAAAGAUCACGAGGAAUUCUACAGAUACGUGCCCAAAGCUACGCCCAGUCAACACAGCUAUCGCGUCGAAGGUGUAGAAGUUGAUACUCACUUUUCGAAUGACCAAAAAGUGACGCUUCACAACGUCGGAUUGAAAACCGGUGGUCUCUACAAGUGCGAGGUCAUCACUGAAGCCCCUGGAUUCCCAUCUGUCUAUAACGAGAGUUACAUGGAGGUCAUAUCGCCCCCUGACCAUGAUCCUGAAAUCACAGGCAAGGAGAAGAUCUACGCCAGCGGUGACAUCGUGGACUUUAAUUGUACCAGUGGAAAAUCCUACCCGCCAGCCAAACUCGAGUGGUAUAUCAAUGGGGAAAAGAUCGCUGCAGAUUCGGAAAUGACCAUCGAGCAGCACGACCUGUUUACGUCGAUAUCAACCUUACGCCUCGAAAUUGGUCCGAAUCAUCUGGUUGAUGGAAAAAUAAACGUAAGUUCAAGGUCUCGCGAGUCUUUCCGGCCCUUCUCUACUGACAAUAGUGGCGAAUCUCCUUCUACGGCGAUUACUCGUCGUAGCUUAGAAUUAGGACGAUUCUCUCGUCGAUGGGGGAUGGACUCACCCUCUAAGACCGGGGGCAGCCUGGGAGAGCCUCAACGACGCUCGACCGAUGGGACGUAUACUGGAGGAGAGACGAAGAUAGAAGAUGGAAGACGUUUCGUGACAAAAGACAAUCAUGGCUUGGCAUUAUCGAGCGGAGCCAAUAAACAAUGGAAAACCAAAAAUGAAAUCGCUGAUAAGGAAUCAAAGACAGUCGGUUUAUAACAAUUGUUAUUGUACAGAAGAAGUAUGUGUGCGCUUGAAUGAUUUUUGUUAUUGUCGAUAGCGUAAUCGAUCGGUUACGCGAUCGUGUUUCCGAUAUACGUUAAUGAAUAUUGAUUGGUAAUAUCGAUAAUCGACUCGUCGUGUGCUAAAGGUUAGAAGGUUACACGUAGAUAGUCAAUUGUGCAAGAAGCCCUUUAGGCGGUCACAGGGGAUGUAAAAGUGAGAAUGCGCCACGUGUCUUCUUGUCCCCUGUGAUAAUUUCCGCUUGUGGAACCACGGUGGUACAGAGUGAUAGACUUAAGAGAAAAAAAGAGUUGGAGCUAUGACGUUGUAUAAAAGAGAGAGAAAGAGGGAAGAGCGAAAGUAAGAAAGCGACAGAAGAAUCGUUAAUCAUAAAUAAUCGAAUGACGAUCGCCGGAAGAACGAUCCCCUCGACACUAAGGGGGAUAAGGCAGCUUCCGUUCUAAUUAUAAGUUAUAAUUAGUACGUGUGAUUAAUAAGAACCCGCAAAACUUAGCAGUCUCUUUAAUGGCAAUUGACAUAUCUCGUAAAGUGGAUCCCCUUUUGCACAGCAUCCCUUAAUUCCCGGCCGGCCUAUCGAUGUAACAGAUUCAUCAGCCCGGCAGCUAUCGGCGUUAAUAAAUCCCCUGCAACCCUUCGAUCCUCACGCCUACAGUUAUCGUUAUCGACUUCCUUCGUGUUGCUGUAGGACAAGUCCUAUAUCUGCUAUGAUCCCCUCUUCGUAUGGUCCUUCCCGUCGCGCCAGCACUCCUCCGUGACAUUAAUCGAAAAGAAAAAAGCAGCAACUAUCGCUUAAACGUAUAAGAGUUUCCUCGGAAUGGCAAAUCAGGUCGUUUUAGGGAAUAAAGUUUGACUAGGAUUACGCGAAAUUCGCAAAGCGCCCGUUCUUACGUUCUUGAGGACGUAAGCGAGAAAAUUGCAACGUUUUGGAAUUAUCAUGCAAAUGAUACCUGUGGCUGCGGGAAACCGGUUGGCUGCUCGAGUCAAACCAGGGGUGGUGUGCAGGGGGGGGGGAUGGCGGAAACAGGAAGUCUCCUUAAUGUAGGUAAUUAAAGUCAGCGCACACGUGCGCACGACCUGACAAAAGGAAUAUAAUCGCACUCGCGUACCUGGAUAGUGCCGCGAGAAUAGCGUGGGGUUGCUUCGUAAAGCCACCCCGUCGAGCGAGGGUGGCGACGCCGAUGCUCCGUCGAGUCUCUGCUCUUUCCGCUCUCUCGAAUGCUUUCGGAGAAGAAGAAAGAGACGGGCGCUGAAGGAGUAAGAGAAUAAAAAAUAGAGAAAAUAAAAAGUGUGAAACUCGCCACGUUCUCCCGUCAACCUUAUCGGUGCUUGUUCAAACGCAAUUCAGAGAAGCGAGAGAAUUUCUCUAUUCGACAGGUGGGAUGGAAAUUGUCGUUUCUGCGAAUUACAGGGGUUGUUUCAAUUCGAUGCUCGAGACACACAGUGACUUUCGAUUGGCGCUGUGGGGCUGUGGAUCGGGAAGCGUUCAAAUCUGUUGGGGUCGUUUAUGGACUAGGGGAUGAUUAGGUAAAUACGAAGAGCGGACGUCUGGAAUGUUGCAUAAUGGUUCAGUGAUAUCGAGGGAUUACGUUACGCAAUUGACAUACACAUGGAUGAGGAGGAGCGAAAGUACAGUCGACGAUAAAACCAUAAUAUAAGAAAGAUACUCAGUCGUCGGUCGUCAGUGUUAACCCUCAGUUGUAUCGAGCUUCUAAUUCAUGUAAAUAUAUCUAUAUAUAAUCAUAGGCGUUCAUGAAUAUAUAUAGGUAUAUGCGGAAAUAAAUAAAGUAUAUAUGUAUUAUAUAUACACACAUAUCCCAAUGUUUCGAGACGCCACGAGUCACUGGGGCAAAUUUCUUAGGGGCGCUCGGGAGGGUUCGAAGACAUCGAAAGGGGUUAGUCGAAGAUUCACCAGGGGUUUGUAUAGACGAGGAAUUUGAAAUCCUCGUAAGCCGAGCGAUAAAGUUUACCCCCGUGCGUCAACGGAUCCUCGAAUACCUAUUGUCUAUCAAUGAAUGAUUAUGUACUUAUAUAUGUGUAUGGCCUAAUGUAUAUAUUUCGCAAAUUUAGUAAUAAAAUCAUAUUUCAUUAACGA